UUGGGAGAAAUGUUGUGGAUCAAGUUUGUGCACCUCAAAAGUGUUUAUAUGUUGAAAGACACCAUCGGGACGUUAUAAAUAAUCACCCAUCUCACCACAACAGCAGUGUUUCCUUGCCUUUGGUGACGAAAGGUUAAUAGCGUGAUCUUGGACUUGUACUGCUAUACAUUUAAGUUGUAGCAAUUGCAAAAACUGUUGUUGUACCUGCGGAGAAAUCGAUCACUCAUCAACUCCUCAUCUUCAUCAUGAUGUUUCUUCUUCGUGCGCUGAUGCUGUCGCUUCUCUUCGGUGCAUCGGCCAAAGUUGUGCAGGAUUUUCAGAAAGAAUGCGGCCAAUUUUUUGCAAACGGGAGAUCACCAACAAUAUUUCCUGAACCACAAUACAAGCAGAUCUGUCAAACUCUAAAUGGUAAUUGUUAUUAUGCCACACUUUAUGACACUAGUAAAAAGAUCCCCGUGUACUCUGCCUACAAGUUUGAAGGAGUAAUGGGCUGCACAAGAACAGACACGUGGUACGUUGAACCUCAAAUUGAUGAUAUUACGAAAGGAGGAAAUAUGGACUUUUCGAGGACUGUGUAUAUACAACAGCGUGGACUCUAUCAAGCUGUCAAUAGUGAUUAUGAGGGUUCUGGAUACGACAGAGGUCAUCUGGCACCGGUCUACCUGGCAAACUCACAGAGCUGUGCUGAUGCCACCUUCACUCUCACCAAUGCUGCUCCACAAACCAAAUGUUUUAACAGAAUUUUUUGGUUUGAAAAAGAACAAUCACUGGCAAAUAAACUGAAAAAGGAUUGUUUUUCACAACAGGUUUACAUUGUGACAGGGGUGGUACCAGGUACAACAAACAUAGCAAAUAGAGUGAACGUGCCCAGUUAUUUCUGGACUGCAUACUGCUGCUUAGACAACAAUAAAAGAUGUUCAAUCUCAGGAGGAUUUAUCGGGAGCAAUGAAAAUGACUCCAAAAUUAGGGAAAUGAACGUAGCUGAUUUACAGAGAGAGUUGACAAAACUUUAUGGAAAAACAUUUCAAUUUUAGUUUCAAUAAUAAUACUAAAAACAGAAAGGGCUUACAUAAAAUAGUGUGAUUUGCAAUACUUAUUUUGAGUGAUAUUUUAUGCAGAUUGUAUUUUCGUUACAAUUAUAAUCCUUACUGUCAAAAUCAUAAAACCUUGUGCCAGAUGGCAUUGAUUUUUUUUUUCAUAUAUUUUUUACAUUUCUAAUAUUAUAUGUUAUAUAUACUAUAUUAUAUAUGUUAUAUAUAUUAUAUGCAUUUAAUUUAAUAUAGAAUAACAUAAAGAGAGUGACAAUUGUCUGUAGAAUCAUAAUGAAAAUGAUUUGAUUUUAACUUUUAGCAUUAUAAUAUAUUAGCUGUAAAACUAUCGACUUCUUAUACCUAUAAUAAAAAUCAUUAAUACUGCAAACUUUGUACUGGAAGCUUGUGUAAAUUUUUUUUACAUAACCAGAUGUUGUUAGUUUAUAUGGUAUCUGACUGUAUCAGACAGCACAGUAAAAAAAAAACAAAAACAAAAUGGACCGGUCAUUUUUACCAGGAUAUUAACCAUUUCUGUAAACCUCAAUGCAAUUCAAAUUAAUAAAUAAAUAAAUAAAUAAGG